AUGUAUCAACUCAUAUAUCGUCUUGAAAUUUAUUUUAAAAAAAUUGAGACAACUGCUAUUGGUGAGGAAGAAUUAGACACGAAACGAGUGGAAGAAAUUACACGUUCAACACAAGAACAAUUUUUUGAAACCAUUGAACGAAAACUCAAAGAACGUGAACUAAGAGAAAAGCUUGCUAUGGAAUCUGCACAAACUGCAAGCAUUAAACAGUUAAAGAAUGAAAUAGUACUUGAUGAGGAAGAAGAACGUCCAAUAUCAAGCGACGAUGAGCAAGAUGUUGUUGAAAGGGAAGGAGAACAAUGUUUGCAAACUGAAGCAGACGAACCUAGUGAAGCUGUUCAGUCUUAG